AUGAAACCGCAAUACUUGGGACAAAUUCCUCUCUCCCCAUCAGCUCCAGCAUUUCCAUCCGAACCUGGUGAACCUGGGUUUCCAUCCGGUCCGGGUGCACCGGGAGGUCCUGGUGGACCAGGCGGUCCUGCAGGUCCCGCGCAAUACUUGGGACAAAUUCCUCUCUCCCCAUCAGCUCCAGCACUUCCAUCCGAACCUGGUGAGCCUGGGUUUCCAUCCGGUCCGGGUGCACCAGGAGGUCCUGGUGGACCAGGCGGUCCUGCAGGUCCCGGUGGACCAGGUGGACCAGGUGGACCUGGAGGACCAGGUUCUGCUGGUGCCAUCGCAUACGUCUCUCCAUCAGGUCCAUCCAUUCCCGGUUCUCCUGGAGCUCCAUCCAUUCCUGGUGGACCGGGAGGCCCAGGUGGCCCUGGUGGGCCCGGAAUUCCAGCCUCUGCAUGUAUUCCAUCGUCACCUGGCAAUCCGUCCGAUCCUGGCGAUCCUGGUGGACCAGGGGGUCCAGGUGGACCCUGUGGGCAAGGUUUGCAAGGAGGUGGAGUGAUUGCUUCACAAGGAGCUCUAGGUGGUUGUCCGGGCAUUCCUGGGAUACCGGGGGUUCCGGGUCUACCUGGUCUGCCCGGUUUCCCUGGAUUUCCAGCUGGACCAGGCGGACCUGGAGCGCAUUGG